AUGGCGGAAAGUAGAAAAUUGAAUGCAGCUAAAACCAGCUCCGGCGAUUCUGUUCCUGGGCGCAAAGAACAAAUAUUAUGUCAGCCAUGUUCAAAAAAGGAUUUACAAAUAACGGCUGAUGUGUAUUGUUCAGAGUGUGACGAAUUUCAGUGCAAUGAAUGUUCAAAGGCACAUACAGUUUAUGCGUUUAUGAACAAUCACAAGUUAGUGAAUACGACAGAAAUGAAAUUAAUAUCAUCUUCUUUUGAUAUGAAAGGAAUGGACAAUUGUGCACAGCACGGUGAAUUGUUGAAUUUUUUCUGUGAAGACGAGAACCAGCUUUGUUGCAGCACAUGUGCUAUAGCGGAUCACCGGAAAUGCCAUAGCGUCGUAGAAGUACAGAAGAUUGUCGGGAAGUCGCGUCCUGCUGGUUCCCAGUUAAAAAGAAAACUGGAAGAAGUAAAAUCAAAGGCGGAGAUGAUUGUAAAACACACUUUUUCAUCGAAAGAACAAGUCAGUAAAGAUGUCAAAGCAAUAUUUGUAGAAAUUAAAAGAAUGAGAGGUGAAAUGAAUAAAAUGUUCGACGACUUGGAAGUUUACGUUACCAGGGAAACUGACGUAUUUCAGGCUGCAGUAACUAAUAAACUGGCAAAGAAACGAUUCAGUAGUGAGAAACAUAUCGCCGAUGCUGCAAAGUCACUGGAAAUUGUUGAUACAGCUUUGCAGAAUGGGACGCCAUCACAGCAGUUUAUAGUAGAAGAGACAUUGAAGAAACAGGCCAAUGAACUUUGCAGGGACGUGGACAAUGAACGUCAAAAUUUACAGACUGCUACCGUUUCCUUUAGAUUUGAUGAAAUGUUAAAGUUUCCACCAUUUCCUAUUUCUGCAUACGUUCCAGGAAAGCUCACAUUAAAAUACACCCUGUCUGAAGCAAAGAAAUCUGUCGCACCUGUAGAUCCGAUCGUGAAAUUAACGAAAAUUACUUCAAUUAAGUUGAAGAAGACUGGAGAUGAUGUCAAGGAACCGUUCUACACAGGACUGGAUUUCCUGCCGGAUGGUAGACUGGUUACCGUGGAUAAUCAGAACAAGAAAUGUUUGAUUUACAAUGAGAAGCCUCAGAAAAUAGGAUCAUUUCAGUUAUCGUAUCAGCCUCAGAGUAUUGUUGCUAUAUCUAAGGAGGAAGUGGCGAUAACAAGUGGUGAUUGCUACACGAUAGACUUUCUACGUGUCAGUAAAUCAAAUGAAAUAACUUUGAUCAGGACAUGUAAAGUUAAGACACGGUAUGAAUCUAUAUGUCUAAAAGAUGAGAGAAAUUUUGUUAUAGGAACUGUUGAUGAAACAACACCUGUUCGUAUUGUAUCAAUGUCAGGAGAAGAGAAAUAUUUCAGCGUCAGCUUUCCCAAUAAGAAAUAUUCUUUACGCGAUAGUGCAUGCAGCUAUAUAAGGAAUACUGAGAAGAUGAUACUGACCGAUAGGUACGAGCAUACUAUUUAUAUAUAUGACGUCGCGACCAACACCAGAGUCGAUGUCAAGGACGACCAGAUCAAGGAACCACGUGGUGUAGCAGUAGGUCCAUCCGACUGUAUCCUGGUUUGCAGUAAAGAUACGCAUUCAGUUGUACAGAUUUCUCAAACAGGCCGGAUCUUGUCAUCGUUUAAGAUCGAUAUGGUAUAUCCAUUCAGAGUCUGUGUUUCAAAGGAUCAAUCUAUUCUUGCUGUCACAAAUAGCUGUAAGGGAAAAAUGAAGUUGCAGUUGUUCAAACUUACAGAUUCUGGGUGA